AUGUACUCGAAAAGAAAAACCUCUGAACUUGCUCCAGCGUACAUUUGGGCUCGUCAAGAAAAGACAAUACCCACAAAAGCUCUAAGUUUCGGAAUUGCUGGAGGCAUAACGUACCCACGGAAUCCAAAUAACUGGAGCUUUAUGAAUGAUAUUCCUGAUCGAAAAUUGAGUGACAUAUUUAAACCAUUAUCACCACUUGUUCAGCUGUUUCCACCGACGCGACCGUACGUCCCAGACGAGCUUCAGCUAUCCAGGACGGGAGAGAAGAAGUAUAUCGAAGAAUCGGUUUCAUCACUACAAAAUUUUUACCCUGAUAUAGAGAUCCCGGAAGAGCUAUUAACACAAUACCUCGACGAAGGGCUACAAUACCAGCACGUAGUUGAUCGGAACGAUUUGUACACCGGUAAUCUUGUCGCGUUUGGCGAAUUCUUACCGAAGAAAAAUAAUCUCACAAAAUUUAUAACCUUUCCUAUGGGUGUUCUCGGAAAUGAGUUGAACAUGGCACUUCUGGAUUUCUAUCCAAACCAAUGUGACGAUGGAUUCAACAUUACCUCGUGUGGAUUCACGCUAUCCGGAAAUCCAAUUGCAAAAUUCAAGACUCCAAUUCGACAGAUCGAAUGCUCUUUUUCAGAGAGUAAGGGUUAUAUAUCAAUCGGUGAUGUUUCUAAUCCUUCCUUGAUCGGUGUCCGAACUCACACAGGAACAACUAUACUGUAUAUACGAAUAACAACACCCGACGACCCAGAAUUUAAUAAAUCUCCAGUGAUAGCAAAUGCGGUUGAUACGCUCCCAAAUAAAGAUGAACAAAAACAUGGCAAUGAGCAAAUGCAUCUGGCGUUUAAUCCGUCGAUUUUUGGUGAGGCAGUGAUUACUGAUGAUUGUGGCGGAAUACAUUUGUGGCGUAUUGAACGAGCGAGAUUUUAUAAGCUUAUGAUUCAAAAUAUGCCAUAUACUACUCUUCGAGAUUCGGACCCCCUUUUUGAUUCGUCAUAUUCGUUGCAAAUUGGUAAUGACAAUGACCGAUGGUGGAAUACACAGUACGGUGCACAUCCUAAAUCACUUAUGGUCGCUUCGAGGUCUAACGUGAACUUAUUUGAUUUUCGAACAUCUUUCUCACGUGAAGAAUCGGUUACUUUAUUCAGCGCAUGCCAACCUUCCGACAAGAUAUACGCAUUUCAGCGAUCACCUGUUCCCCACAGCUUCCAAUCUGUCAUCGCGACAACAAACAAGAUCGUGUUGCUUGAUCAUCGGUUUCCCAAUCGUGCGUUAUUGAGCUGGAAUCAUUUCCAUAAUCGGGAUCUGCCGUGUGGGGUUGAUAUGAUUAGCAAGGAUGAAGAAUCCCUAAUUCUAGUUUGGUCAAAACACGAACCCAAACUAACAGCCUUCCACAGCUCAACUCUCGCCUCGGACUCAAUCUCUUCAAAAUGCUACCCGGUUCAAAUCCCGUCAAUGCACUCGCAUCCUGUUUACCAUCGAGAGAACUACCCAAGGGAAUUGGUACAGACUAACCCUAAACAAAGCGAUUACCAUUCUUAUGAAAGCGUGACGAAUCCUUUCCGACGAUUGCCACCGUUGAUGAGUGCACGUGCACUAUUGUUUCUCAAAACUGGAUUAUGCUUCACCAUCUUACAAUUGUCGUAUACUGGCGCGUUGUUUAAGUCGUCGCAUUAUUUAGGACCUGACGCGAAUGUUGUUCCCAAUUUAUACAUUGAUGACAAAGCAUUGGCGCCAAUUACCAAACAAGUGGAAAAAUUACAGUUGCAGGCCGCAAAAGACAAUCUUAUUGGUAUUAAUCAUGAAAUUGAGUAUAAAAGACACAUGAGAAUGCCGUAUGAGAAGGUGUGGGAAUAUAUCGCUCGUGAUUUUGAAACUCCUCCAAUAUGUGAACCAAAAAUCAACGAACCUCUAAGAGUUGGCAUCACUUUCACAGAUUGGAAUCACGCCGAAAAAUUCCUAAAAAAAUAUUCGUUACUGUAUGAUUUCGUUUGUGUUAUAAUGAAUCGGGUAUACGACGAGAAGGGAAAUAUCAAAUUUUUGACAUAUCGAUGUAAGAAUCACACGUGCCUAUGGCGAGUUCAUGUCGAGACUUCAAGCUUAGAUGAGCGUGUAAAGAUUGUUCAGCUUGGAUCUCACAAGCGGCAUCAUGUCGGUACGCUUUAUAGUAAAAAGGAUGAAUAUGAUUUUCAAGAUUCGGAAAGUAUAGAGGAUGUUGGUUGUGAUGAAGACAAUAUUGCGAUGUCUCUUGAAGAUUUUGUGAUGUAUGAGCGUGAUUUAAUUUUGCAGGCUUCACAUUCUGUUACUUUAUACGAACUAUCCAAGAACCUUAUUAGAAAUCGAACAGUUACUGCACCUCAGAAACAAUACAUUUGUCAUCAAUUAUCCGAAAAUACAAUACCAUGGUUCAACCCGGGAAACGUAUCUCUGUAUGAACGCGCAUCUCUGUAUGAACGCACAAACGAAAUUAACACGCUAAAUUACGCAAAUUCCGGAUUUAUUGGUAAUCUCUCGAAAUUUUUGGUAUCGGAUGAAGGCAGAUGCAAAUCUAUAAACUGUCUACAGACAUUUCGUGAGUUUCCGUUCUUGGACCAGGGACCGGACGAAAACUGCAACUGGAAAAAUGUCAAGGAAGCGUUAAGAAGAGUGUAUCCAGUAGUACCUGAAGAAAAGGAUAGCAAUGAAGAACAAGCACAAAAGCAAAAUUUUUUGUGGGCACUAAAAUGCCGCGAGUUUGCUAUUGAUGAUUUGGUGCGAGAUCUUGAGCUUAGUUCACAGACUCUAAUACCAAAAAAUAAUAAAAGACAAGAGUACGAAAUAUUGUCUUCUUCAGAGUUUAUCAGUACAAAUUUAAAAGAGUGUAUGGGAUCCUAUGAGCCUUUUCACUUGCCUCCGGAAAGUUCCGAAAGUACCAUUCUUAUUGAUAAUGAUAAUAACGAUAGGGAUGAUGUUAGUAAUAACCAAUCAAAAAUAAAGUUAACUAUUUUUGCACAAGCAUUGCUGGGUAAUUGGACUAUUGGCGAGGAUUUGAACUCAUAUGUUUAUAUGGAUCCUGAUGAAAGAACCCAAGUUGUCGAUUCUGUAGUAGGAGGCGCACCUGUGCCCAUGGAAAUUGAUGAAUCGUUAGAAGAAUCUGCGAUAACUGAUAGUAAUAGUAAUCAGCAACAAACUAAAUCUCAUAAAAGGAAAAUAAGGGCGGAAGGUUUUUAA